ACAGGCAUCAUUGUUCCUCAGCCCCAUGGACCCCCUGAGGCAGCCCCCCUCCCCCUGCUCACCAAGGCCUUCCAGCCCCAGGACACCAUCCUGCGAGAUGCUUGGUUACGUGGGCAUCGAGGCCGUGCUGGACCAACUGAAGAUCAAGGCCAUGAAGAUGGGGUUUGAGUUCAACAUCAUGGUGGUGGGGCAGAGCGGGCUUGGCAAGUCCACGAUGGUGAACACGCUCUUUAAGUCCAAGAUGUGGAAGUCCACCCUGCCAGGCCUGGGGGUGCCCACGCCCAAAACGCUGCAGCUGCAGUCGGUGACCCACGGUGAGUGAGACCCGCCUCCCUCCACCCCACCCACCCAGGCCCAGCCUCUGCCCCUUCAC